GCAGAACGAUGUGCGAUUCGUAUUGCCGACCGUCCGACAGCAAGAAGAUCGUCCGUUAUAAUAUUAUCGCAAUAAAAUUUACGUUUUAAUUAUCUYAUUGGAUUAAGAUUUUCACCACUCACUGAAGCCAUGUUGUUGAAGAUAACGCCGUUUUUGGCGGCGGUGAUUUUUUGCUGCGCGGCAGUUACAGUAAACGUAGCGGACAAAUCAACAGAGAUACCAAUCGACAAACGGAGCACAGCCAAUGGUUACGGCUCUUACGCUGGUGGUUAUGUUCCAACGGUAGAUUACGGUGCRGCGGCCGGACAAGAAGGCAUUGCGGCCUACCAAUACUCUGCAGCGGCCCCGAUCACCACCGGCCAAUACGCUGCGGUUCCGGCUGCUGCAUCCAUCGGUGCCUUAGUGGUGCCCACCAACCAGCUGUUCUACCCGCAGCAACAAACGUAUGGAUACUCGUCAGCUCCAGCUUACGCUGCCCCGCUGACUUCAGUGGCUUAUAGUGCCUAUCCGGCCACGAAUUAUGGCUUCCAGUCACCCACUUACAGUGGCAGUCAAUCUGCUGUUUAUGGUGCCGGUCAGUCAGCGGCUUAUGAUGCUGGUCAGUCGGCCGCUUACGGCGCCGGCCAGUCGGUCACUUAUGGUUCCGGUCAAUUGGCUGCUUAUGGCGCCGGCCAAUCGGCCACAUCUUACGGUUCCGGUCAAUCGGCUGCCACCGCUGCUUACAGCUCACCACAGAUCGCUUCAUAUAGUGCAUCGUCUUCGACACCAUAUAAACCAGGACCCGUGACUUUCGGCAAACCAGAAGCUGAUUUGCAAACCAACUUGCCACCAUCGUACCAAACGUCCCCGGGACUUGGAAAAUACGUUUCUUCGUCUUUCAAGACCAACAAGUAUCCGUCGUACUCGCCAUCUUCUUACCCGUCAACGUCUAGUGAAUACUACGCAGCACAGCAGUCAUCGUCGUAUGGGUCACCUUCCAAACCCGGUAGUUACCCAUCCUCUGUGUACCCGUCUGAAAAUUCGUACAACAAAUUCAAGUAUUUGCCACAAAGUUCGUUGUAUGGCGGAUCAUCAUACAAACCAUCCCCAUCUGCCCAUUACAAGCCAUCAUCGCCAUACGAUGCGUUCGCYCCAUCUUACGGACAAUCUUCGUCCUACUCGUCUUCACCACAAAAGUACGGUAGUUCCCCCUCAUAUAGUGGUAGCUCUCACUCAUAUGGUGGUAGCUCCCUCUCAUAUGGUGGCAGCUCUCCCUCAUAUGGUGGUAGCUCUCCCUCGUAUGGUGGUAGCUCUCCUUCGUAUGGUGGUAGCUCUCCCUCGUAUGGUGGUAGCUCUCCUUCGUAUGGUGGCAGCUCUCCCUCAUAUGGUGGUAGCUCUCCCUCGUAUGGUGGUAGCUCUCCUUCGUAUGGUGGUAGCUCUCACUCGUAUGUUGGUAGCUCUCCCUCGUACAUUGGAAGUUCUCCUUCGUACAGUAGUUCGUCAUUAUACGCUGAUAACUCUCACUCACAUAGUGGUAGCUCUCACUCAUAUGGUGGUAGCUCUCCCUCAUAUGGCGGUAGCUCUCCCUCGUACGGUGGAAGUUCUCCUUCGUACAGUAGUAGUUCGUCAUUAUACACUGGUAGCUCUCCCUCUUACAGUGGUACGUCUUCUUUGUAUGGUUCAUCAUCCCCGUAUAAACCGUCGUAUGGAUCAUCAUCUUACAAAUCAUCAUCCCCGUACAAGGCGCCAUACAGCAGCUCCGGUCCAUCAUAUGAACCGUCAUCCCCUUACAAAUUGUCCCCAUAUUCUGGUGGAUCGUCCUAUGAAGGAUCUUCAUCCGGUUCAUUCAAACCAAUAACUUCUUCCUAUUCUCAGAGUGAAUAUGAAUCACCGUCAUCUUCUCUUUACAGUUCUAAGCCAAGUUCAUACGACUACAGUUCUAAAUAUUGACACUAAUACAAUGUUCCUUUUUAGAUAAAUUAAUUUGUAUGAUAAAAGACGUUUAGAUUGUAUGUUUAAAUUAGAAACUUGUGUUUUUUUUUAUCAAUCAUACAAUUAAGUUACUCUUGAACUGUUAAAAAAUUUUAAAUAUGCUAGUUCACAAAUAUUUGUUUUUGUAUUAAUAUUAAGUGCUUUAUUUAAAUUACAUUUAUGAAUUA